AUGUGCAGAGAAACCUUCUCCCGCCACCGCCACUGCACCCACUCACGCCUCCUAAACCGUACAUACUGCUCUCUCAUCGAACCACCCUCCCCUCGCACCCCCGACACAGCCCGCGCCUGCCCCCGCUACAAACAGCACCGCGAGAAGCCCAGCAAACAGAUCCCAUGCUUCGCGUGCAAGCGGCAAGAGCGGAUCCGCGAGAUCCUGGAGGAGGAGCGAGAGACGGCGCGGGCAGAGCUGCGGGCUGCAGGGUUCAGCGAGGAAAAUAUCAAGAUGAUGAUGGUGCCGCCGCCGACGGGCUUCGUCAUGCCGCGCUUGUUUCCGAGGGGAGGCGAUGGCGAGAUGCUGGUUCAUCCGUUGUUUCGACAGGCGCGGGAGGCGAGGGCCUCGAGAGCUGAAGAUGCUGCGGGGUUGAUGCCGAAGAAGGUGGACUCGAGGAGUUCGGGGGGUAGCAGUGAUGGCGGGCUGCAGAAAGAGGUUGGACGGGUGAAGAGCAAGAGCCCGACUAGAAAGGGGUUCAAGAAUUGGAUCAAGGAGUUUUUGUUGGCUGAGAAUGUGGGUGAGGCGGUGAGUAUUGGGUUUCCGAAGAUGUAUGCUUAG